AUGAAGAGAAGGGGAUGCGUGUUUCUUUGGUCGGCAUUCGCGGAACUGGACCUAAGAACUCGGAAACUGUGUUUGAGACAUCAUGACACACAGAAAUACAGACAGCAAUCUAAAACAAAUCACAAUCCGAAAACUGUACCAAGUUAUUCAGAAAUCACUUCUCGUCCAAGUGUCGCUUUCAAAUGCUACGUGAUUGCCAGUAUGACAUUCAUUUGGACGGCUUAUACGCUGACAAUCAAAUCUUCAAAGACUGAUGUGCCACAGGAUAUGAUGUACUCUUCAACUUCUGUCGUGUUAUGUGCUGAACUUCUGAAACUUCUAAUCACUUUUGCCAUGUUUCACAAGGAAUGCGAAUUCGACAACCAGCGAUUUUCAGAGCAAGUCAACCGAUACUUUAUAAAUGCACCAAAAGAGCUGUUGAAAAUGAGUGUUCCCUCUUUCGCUUAUGCUCUUCAGAAUAAUUUGGAUUUUUUGGCUUUAUCGAAUUUGGAUGCUGGUGUUUAUCAGGUAACAACUCAAUUGAAAGUAGUUUCCACUGCUCUCUUUAUGAUGCUUUUCCUCGGUCGAAAAUUCUCAGCCCGUCGCUGGAUGGCUAUUUCUCUUUUGAUGUUCGGAGUUGCUUUCGUUCAAAUGAACAAUACUCCCGCAUCAGAAGCGAAUAAAAAAAGAGAGUCCGCUGAAAAUUAUAUUGUUGGAUUGUCCGCUGUAUUGGCAACAUGUGUGACUGCUGGAUUCGCUGGUGUCUACUUCGAGAAGAUGCUGAAAGAUGGAGGAAGUACACCGUUUUGGGUUAGAAAUAUGCAAAUGUACAGUUGUGGAGUGAUCAGUGCCUCAAUCGCAUGCCUCACUGACUAUAACAGAAUUAUGGAAAAGGGAUUUUUCUACGGAUACACUGAAAAAGUGUACGCAGUUGUGGUUCUUCUCGGAGUCGGUGGUCUCUACAUUUCUCUUGUUAUGAGAUAUCUCGAUAAUCUAUACAAAUCAAUGGCCUCUGCUGUCUCCAUCAUUCUUGUCGUUGUUCUUUCAUUGUUAAUUUUCGACAAUGUCUUCGUUGGAAGUUACUUCGUUCUUGGAACUAUUUGUGUUGUUCUUGCCGUUCUUCUGUAUAAUUCUGUGAACGAAUAG